UCUCAUCGGGGGCGCCAAAUCUUGAGCGCCAUGGAUUCUCCAUCUUCCAAAACGAUUGAUCAAUCUCCUCAUCCAGAAACCUCAACUGUUCUAGAACAAUCCACAACACUUUCAUUCGUUUCAGAUUCGAAUACCUCAGCCGACAUACCUGUAAUCCAGACAUCUCCAGAAACCAAACAUGCUGAAACUGUCGAAGAACAAAUGCCUAGUCGAAGACAGCGUCGGAGUCGUUGGGAUCCCCAACCUGACGAAGAAGCUGGAGGCGCUACCAAGAAGAGAAGGUCUAGAUGGUCGGACGAUGAACCUAAACCUGCUUAUCAGCUACCGGACUUCAUGAAAGAUUUAGUUGGAGGUAUGGACCUUGAUCCUGAAGUUCAAGCUUUAAACGCUAGAUUAGUUGAGAUAAGUCGAAUGUUACAAUCUGGUUUACUGUUAGAUGAUCGUCCAGAAGGUGCUAGAUCGCCUUCUCCUGAACCUAUAUAUGAUAACUAUGGAAUUCGUAUAAAUACUAGAGAGUAUCGUGCUCGUGAAAGGCUUAAUAGAGAAAGACAGGAGAUUAUUUCUGAAAUUAUUAAACGAAAUCCUGCUUUUAAACCUCCUGCUGAUUACAGACCACCUAAGCUUUACAAGAAACUUUACAUACCUAUGAAAGAGUAUCCAGGUUAUAAUUUUAUUGGACUUAUUAUUGGUCCUCGUGGAAAUACUCAGAAGAGAAUGGAAAGAGAGACGGGUGCUAAAAUUGUUAUUCGGGGUAAGGGAUCGAUUAAGGAAGGUAGGUUAGGUCAGAACCGUGCUUUGAAGUUUGAUCCUGCUGAGAAUGAGGAUUUGCAUGUUUUGGUUGAAGCUGAUACGCAGAAUGCGCUUGAUGAAGCUGCGGGGAUGGUGGAAAAGCUUUUGCAACCUGUUGAUGAAGGGUUGAAUGAGCAUAAGAGACAACAGCUUCUUGAACUUGCUUCGUUGAAUGGUACAAUUAGGGAUGAGGAAUUUUGUAGGUUGUGUGGUGAGCCUGGUCAUAGACAGUUUGCGUGUCCUUCUCGAUUAACUACUUUUAAGAGUGAUGUAUUAUGUAAGAUUUGUGGAGAUGGUGGACAUCCUACAAUUGAUUGUCCUGUUAAAGAAACAACGGGAAAGAAAAUGGAUGAUGAGUAUCAGAGUUUUAUAGCAGAAUUAGGUGGGACUGUCCCGGAUUCUCUUACCAAGCAUAGCUCUGCAUUGCCAAUUAUGGGUUCCAAUGGUAUAGGUAGCAGCAAUCCUCCUUGGAUCAGUGGUGGAACUUCAUCCCAUCCAGGACUAGGUAGCAUGGCAGCAAAGCCUGGAAAGGAAAUCGAUGAUACCAAUUUGUAUGUUGGAUACUUGCCACCUAAUUUCGAUGACGAUUCUCUAAUUGAAUUGUUCUCACCUUUUGGAAAUAUUGUAAUGGCUAAAGUUAUUAAGGACAGGACAAAUGGCUUGAGUAAAGGCUAUGGAUUUGUGAAGUACUCUGACGUUUCUCAGGCCAAUCAAGCCAUUACAAGCAUGAAUGGCUUUCGCCUUGAGGGAAGAGUAAUAGCUGUGAGAGUGGCAGGCAUGCCACCACAACCACCUGUUGUACCACCACCCCCUGGUCCGCCUUCUUCAUUAACCUUCCCCUCCCCUACAAUUGCAGGGUACCCUCCUAGAAUUUCAGCACCUCCCAACUAUAUGGCUGCUAAUUUGCCUUGGGGUCCUCCACCUCCUCAUUUUGCUCCUCCUCAUAUGUAUGCUCUGCCCCCAGGACAACCUAGGCCACACUAUGUUUUGCCAUAUUCUUCUCAACCAGAAGCUGCUCCUGGUACCCUACCAAAUAAUGUUCCUUCAAGUGAAUGUCCCCCAAAUUAUGCUUCCGUUACACAAACUCAGAAUAGUGUUUCUGCUGAUGGUGGACAAAUUACAUCUCAUAAUAUGUAUAAUAGCAUGGUUAAUAAUAUCCCAACUACAUAUUAUCCAUACCCUGCUUACCAUGCUCCUCGUCCACCUAUGCCCCCUCAUUCAGGGUUUGAUCAACAAAAUUUUGCCACUAAGCCAUGGGUUCCACCAUCCGUUUCUUCUACAGAACAGAACCAACCAGUAAGUUCUGGUGCAGAAACGGAGUACGAGAAGUUUAUGUCUGAGAUGAAGUGACGCUGUUUCAGUACUACAAUGUUGAAAUACACUUUCAAGAUAUUUGGUAGCUGUGAAGAGGGGACAUCAUCUGAUCUAUUGCAUAUUACAUCAAGCACUUCUUUUCCAAUAUUUGCAAUACAAGUUUCAUUGAGAGCAUUUUUUUGAUAAUAAGUUUUUUGUGUUGGAUCUGAUUGAACUUCUUUUUUGGUCCUUAAGUUGUACCACCAUUAGUAUACACCAAUUAUUUGAAGGAUAAGUUUUCUUGGUUUUCAUGGGUGUACCAAAGAUACAUGUCAAAUGGGCUUCUAAAGCCGAUUUGAUUUGAUUUGAUUUUUUUUGCCUUGAAGUAGAGGAAUGAUAGCAUGAACAAGGAUGAUUUGGUAGGUGAAACUUAAAUAUCUCACAUGAAUUGUCUUAUUCAUUUUUA